AUGAGAGCGGUUUAUAAUCAAAUUUGGUUAGGUGUGUGUAAAAGUGUUGGUGAUUUUGUGAGUAUUUUAUGUUGGUCAAGUAUUACAUCACAACCCACACCCCUCGAAAAAUCAAAUAAUAUUGGAUUCAAUCAUAAAACUUACUAUAUUAGCAUAUGUCGUAUAAAUUAA